AUGGAAAUGAAGAAAAAUAAGAGAUAUUGUUACCAAAAAGUGCUGCAGGAUAUGUUCGUUAUGGACGACUCGUUCACCAUCCGGUGCGACAUCGUCGUCGUCCACAACUACCGGGCAUCGGACGACGCCCAGGCAUUCGUCUCGGUGCCUCCCUGCGACCUGCGCUGGCACUUCGGCGAGCUCCUCAAGACCGAGAAGGGCGCCAACGUGGUGUUUGAGGUCGGCGGUGAGACGGUUGCGGCGCACCGUUGCGUGCUCGCCGCCCGCUCCUCGGUCUUCAGCGCCGAGCUCUUCGGACCGAUGAUGGAGGGAAAUGCCGCUGGCGUCGUGGUGCGCAUAGAAGACAUGAAUGCGGAGGUGUUCAAGGCAUUGCUCCAUUUUGUGUACACGGGCUCAUUGCCAGAGCCGCUGAAGGAUGAUGAAGACUUCACCUACCAGCAUCUGCUUGUCGCAGCGGAUAGGUAUGGCAUGGAGCGGCUGAAGCUGAUCUGCGAGGAGAAGCUAUGCAAGUACAUAAAUGUGGGCUCGGCGGCGAUCAUCUUGGCGCUAGCCGAGCAGCACCAUUGUGUGGGCCUGAAGAAGGCGUGCUUCAGUUUUCUCGCUGCUCCAGCGAAUCUGAGGGCGGUCGUGGCCACUGACGGCUUCCAGCAUCUGAGCAAGAGUUGCCCUUCUCUUAUGGUCGAGGUGAUCACCAUGUCCUGUGCAUUAGUUGAGUGA